AUGGAAGAAGAUAACAAGAAUUCGUUUAAAGUUUGUCGUGUUUGUUUGGGAUGUUACCCGAGUGAUGAUUGCUUGUCAUUGUUCCAUGUAGAAAACGGUCGCGCGAUAUCGGAUUUGAUAAUAUCAAUCGCAAAAGUAGAAAUAGUUAAAGGUGACUCCUUACCCGACUGUAUCUGCAACGAGUGUUUUCACGAACUGGAAAAGGCUGUAAAGUUCAAACAAAAAUGUGAACAUUCCUAUUUCACGUUAAUUAACGAUACAUUUAAGAACCCUUUGAUUCCGAAAGUAGAUAUAAAGGAGGAAUUAUCAUUUGACAAUAACUGUGAAUUUGAUACAUCGUUUCAUGAAAACAGUGUUGAGACCGAAUUUGAAAUUGAAGACAAGAAUAUUAAAAAGAGCAGAGCCAAUGAUUUGAGUUUAGAAUGUCAUGAUUGUGGAGAGUUAUUUAAAAGUAAAUGCAAGCUGAGAGUACAUUGGAAAAGGGCCCACCAGAGCAGCUAUUUAAAGUGUGAACGAUGCAAACGUCAGUUCAAAUCAUUUAAAGCAUAUAAUUUACACAAGAAAAUAAGUCCUGCUAGUUGUACUGUGGCCAAAUUCAUUAGGAUUGAGGGCGAAGGUAAAAACCGCAUGUUCUACUGUAAGGAUUGUGAUUAUAAAUCGAUCAGAGUUAAAGAUAUGAUGAAUCACUACUUAUGUCACAGUGGUGAGAGACCGUUCACAUGUUCUAUAUGUUUAAAGACAUUCACCCAACAUAGUUCACUUAGCAGUCAUCAAGAAAAUGUCCACAAGCUUUAUAAAGUAGAAGGCACUUGUCAUGUAUGCGGAAAAUACCUUAAAGGUCGAAACAAGUUCUACAAACAUUUAAAAGGUCACUCAGAAAAGAAUCAACAGUGUGUAAUAUGUAAUAAAAUAUUCAAAACGAAGAAAACAUUGAAAGUGCACAUGCAAAGGCAUGCUGAUAUUAAAACGUUGUCAUGUGAAAUAUGUGGAUCGAGAUACUACACUAUAUCAGAUCUGUGUAACCACAAAAGAAAUGUACAUUUUAAGGAUAGCAAAGUUUAUAAAUGUGAUUUAUGUGAAUACGUAGCAAACAAGAAUGAAACGAUAAAGAAGCACAGAGCGAAACACACGGGUGCUAACAUACCGUGUUUGGUAUGCGGAGUGUUUUUGGAGAAUGAAGAAACAUAUCUUCUGCAUCAAAAACGUCAUACUGAUAAACAAUUCCAAUGCACGUUGUGUGAGAAAAGUUUCUACAGGAAACGAUAUCUUAAUGAUCACAUGAGAAAGAAACAUGGACACGGAGAAUCUGGACCAAAAGCUCUUACUAAAAAGAUACAAGUAAAAAAAGAAAGCUCUGUUAUCAUACAAUAUGAGGAUAUUAAUUCAUUAUCACCUACUGUGAUAGAUUAGGGUUUUUUUGCAUUCUGGCAGUGAAAUAAAUGUUUGAUUUGAAAUAAAAUGGAGUAAAUGUUUCUUGGGGAAAGUUAGUUUCUGAAAAUAAAAUAUAAUUUCAAAUCUUCCCUCUAUAAAAUGCUUUAAGUUAUUUUAAUAUUUACAUUAUUUGGAACUGAUGUGCAGAGCAUAGUUUGGUAAUUAUUGGCAAAGAGACUUCCAUUAAUGUUGGGCAGAUAAAGCAUAUUAUGUCAGUAUGGUAUAGAUGCAAAAUGUUAUUAAAAGCCUGAGCAGUUAUAAUAGCAAUAUGUUAAUUUGAAUGUUAACCAAAGAAUAUUAGUGAUUGUUUUGAAUGCAGCCAAUUACAUUGCACUGUAUAUAAAAUAUUGAUUCUUUUAUUGCUCUGGUUCGGAAGACAUCUGUGGAUAAGCAACAUAUGGAGUGCGAGUUAGAACAUAUUAUUAUUCUUUCUCGAAGUUCUCGAGUGGAGACCGCGCAGCGGAAGACGUAGCGUGGGACGCCCCCUGGCUAGAUGGUGCGAUGACCUCCGCACGGUGACCGGCAAGAAGUGGAUGAGGAGAGCCGCAGACCGGGCUCAGUGGUGUAGAUUGGGAGAGGCCUAUGUCCAGCAGUGGAUGACUGGGCUGUUGAUGAUGAUGAUGAUGAUGAUAUUAUUAUUAAAGUUGGAAUUAAUGAAAAAUUGUGUACAUAUUAGCACUUAAAAAAGAAACAAAUUUUAUUUACAACACUUAUUUAACCUAGUUAAACUGCUUUUUUAAUUCAAGAAUUACAUUUUUGAUGGUGGUUUUAGUAAAUAUUUAAUUAUUUUCGUUUAAGGUAUAAAGUACCUAUAUUUUAGUGACAUUAUUUAUUAACAUUUUAAUUCACAAAAAUAUAUACAUAUUAGGUAUUUAAUAAAAUAAGAUUCCUGAAAAUGGUUAUCUGAACAAAACAUUUGUUAAUUAAAAACAAUAAAACACUUAAAUGAAACCCAAA